AUGAAUCUGAAAGCAGUAAAGCGAUUUUCAUCAAGAUUCAUGAUAGGCAUUUGGUGGCUGUCGAUUAUUGUGUUAGCAUCCUGCUAUGGCGGAACGUUAAUGUCUUACAUGACAUAUCCUUUAACAGAAUUUUAUCCCAGAAAUUUUAAGGAACUGGCAGAAUCUGUUCAGAAGAAUAAAUAUGCAUGUGGAACAUCAGCAGGAAAUAUCAUUUGGACCGAUAUGCUUCACUCGAAAUCAGAAAAUACCAAAAUAUUAAAAGAUCAUAUUUCAUCAAGUAACAACUUUAUACGUCUGCCAUAUGCAUUGGAUCGAGUACAAGAAGGACGUUUCGCUUAUAUAUUGCAUCAUUAUAUUAAAAUAUCUGAAUAUAGAAAUUCUACUCUGACUAUUCAUUUGACGUGCCUAUUUGGAACACUUCAGGAGAUCGUUCCAGAAGAUAUCGAAUAUUCUACUACAGAAGAAGAAACGUCUACUGAUGAGCCAACAAUGGCGUUCUUUCGGGACAAGUUGGGGAAAAUUCUAUGUAUUAGUACAAUGAAGAUAAUAGUUAUCAUAGUUUACUUUCUGAAUUUAUUAUUUGGAAUAUGGGGAGCCUUAACUAUAACACACGGUGUUGAUUACACUAAGCUAUAUCCACAAAAAUCGGUAAUAACACAAGGUAUAAAAUUAUAUUAUAAUAGUUUCGGCCGUUAUACGUUUCCGUACCAAAUAGUCAUUAAUAGUACACUUGAUUAUUCAGAUUUAAAUGUACAGAGGACCAUAGAUGAAUUAGUUAAAAAAUUCGAAAGUCUCCCACACAUUGCAGAUUCUCGAUUUACGGUUUCUUGGUUAAAAUAUUACAAAAAAUUCCAAAAUCAUUCGCUAGCAAAAUAUUCAUUACGAGGAUAUAAUAUGUCGGUUAAAGAGGAUUUCUUGGAUGGGCUUCGCAAUGUUUUUCUGAAAUUUAAAUCAGCAGAACAAUUCACCAAUGAUAUCGCAUUCAAUUCUGACGGAUCCGAUAUUUUAAGUAGCAGAUUUCACAUUUUUGUAAAUGAUACGUUAGGUGCAGAAGAUGAAAUAGAAAUGUUAAAAAAUCUGUGGAAAAUUGCUGACGACUUUGAUUUUCCUGUUCUCGUUUACGCAGCAUUAACUCCUCUGUACGAACAAGGAAUUAUAAUUGGACGCACAAUUAGAGAUUUACUUUGGAUCACUUCACUAUUGGUUAUGAUUUUGUUUAUAGUUACCCUACCGAACAUUGUCGUUGCUUUUCUCGUAGCAAUAUCGGUAACAUCCACCAUUGUAGAAACUUUAGGAUACAUGUCUCUUUGGGGUAUAAACAUGGAUAUUUUUUCAAUGAUGAGCCUGAUAUUAUGUGUCGGAUUCUGCGUCAAUUAUCCGGCUCACAUGUCUUACGCUUAUAUUUGUUCUUUGUAUCAAACCCCCAAUGAAAGAAUGAAAGACAGUCUGUAUCGUAUCGGCUAUCCAAUAUUUCAGGGAUCUCUGUCAACCAUUUUAGGAAUUUUAUUUGUAUACAGAGAUAUGUACGCUUUUAUUAUAUUUGUGAAAGUAGUAUUUCUUAUCGCAAUAGAAACUGCAUUUCAUGCAUUAAUGUUUAUUCCUGUUGUUUUUUCUUUGAUCUCUCCAUUUUUUUUAAUCAAAGGUAAUAAUGAAAUAUAG